AUGAAUAAAUUACACUCAAAAAAUUUAAACGAACAAAAUAUAGAUUCUAUAAUAGAAAAUGAGAAAAUUAUAUGUGAAAAAUUAACAAAAGAAAAUGAAAUUCUUAAAGAGAAAAAUUCCAAAAUACAAAAAGAAUUAUUAAGUUAUAUUGAAGACAACACUUUUAUAUAUGAAAGUGACUCUAUUGAAGAUAUGAACAAAUAUAAGAGCAUAUUAAUAUCUGUUAUAGAUUUUAUGGAUAAAUUAAAAAUAGUUGAUGCUCAUAUGAAAAAUGAAACCUAUCAUUUACUUGAGGAAUUAUUUACAUGUAUUAAGGAAGCUAUAUUAAAGCAAAAUGAUUUAUGUUAUUUAAUGAAAGAAGACAUGAACUCCUUCAGGAUAUCUGGAAAGGAAGAACUGUUCAGGAAAAAUUUGCUAUCGCUCAGAAUAUUAUAUGAACACAACAGUAUCCUUAGAGCCCAAAUAACCCUAUUUAAUAAAUUUAAAUUAAAAAAUGAAAACCUUAUUCACGCAGAUUUUGAACAAUUAGAACUAAAAUAUAAAAACUUAAAAACUAAAGAAAUCAACUUAGAAAAGAAAAUCGAAAAUUUAAAUAGAAAAAUUAUAAAAUCAACACAA